UCUGUCUUUGACUUUUGGUUUUUUGACUUUGAUAUCUGGUUUUCUGACAUCCAUUCCUGGCUUUGACUCUUUGACGAUUGGUUAUCUCGGCUCCAAAUACUUGUUUUUUAAUGGUUUUUAGACGUUGAUUUCAGAUCUUAUUAUAAUUGCUGGUUUUCUGACAUUAAUUAUUAGUUUGCUAAUUUUGCUAAGUGAUUGAUUUCUUUCACUGCUUUUCUGGUUUCAGUAACUGGUUUUCUAAUUUCAAUGAUUAAUUUUCUACUUUUGAUUAUUUCUUUUUUUUACUUUGAUUUUUGGCUUUCUGUGUCUUCGAUGGCUGCUUUUCUAGAACCACCUAUUGGUUUUUCUGAGUUCAAUUAUUGCUUUUAUAUCUGUGAUUACUGGUGUUGAGUUAUUGUGUUUGAAACUAUGUUUCUCUCCUCAUUUUAUCUGUUUUCUCUCUUCAGUGAUGAGUUUUCACUUAAUGUUGUUCAGGUUUUGGCUAGUUUCAGUGGCGUUUUUUUCAAUUGUUUAUUUUGAGCCACCAAUCUAGGUUGGUCACCUUUAGUCACCUGUGGGGGGAUGUUUUGCUGAAAAUGGAAAACAUUUUCUUUGUCUCUCUCUCUCUGCACCUCAGAUGUUCAUUCAGGUUGCGAAGGAGGUUGGCGAGACCUGCAAUCUCCCCCAAAUUCAGCGCCUGGACCUGUUGGUGCGAGAUUGGCAGCUCUCUGGAUCCUAUGGCGCAGACGAGGGGCAGGAGUAUCUCAGAGACAUCACACAGCACCUGGAGGUCACUGCUGGGCAGCCCCUGGCAUUGGGAGCCCUGAGGGCGAGCGGCACCCGAUGCUACCUACUGCCCCAUCCUGGCACUCGGUUCACCAGGAGCAGGGCAGGGACGCCAGGUGACAUGGACGAGGAUUUCCGGCAGUACCUGUGUGAGUACGUCACCAGCGUGGUGCACUCAGCAGGGACACACGUCCGGACGGACCGAGCCGGGCUGACGGGGGCUCAGCUGGCUGCCAGGAUCAAGGACGUCUCCCAAGACUUGAAGACCCAACGCUACGACUUCUCCUCUCCUGUGAAG